AAAAAACAAAAGAAGAAACAGAAUGGGCCAUUAUAUAUCAUAAACCCGUUUCGAAGAGAAGAGAAGAGAAGAGAGCAGAACAGAACAGAGCAGAACAGCAUCACUGGGGGAAAGCUUUCUUAGAUAAACAAGGAGGUGAUCCAUCUGUCUUGACAUGGCUCGGGAUUUCAAACCUGGCGAUCUGAUUUUUGCUAAAAUGAAGGGUUAUCCCCACUGGCCAGCAAGGAUUGAUGAGAUUCCUUAUGGAGCUGUCAAACCGUCAAAUAUAAAGUUUCCUAUCUUCUUUUUUGGCACUCAUGAAACAGCAUUUUUGGGUCCUAAAGACAUCUUUCCCUAUUUGCCUAAUAAAGACAAGUAUGGCAAACCUAACAAAAGGAAGGGCUUUAAUGAAGGCUUGUGGGAGAUUGAAAACAACCCUAAAGUGGAGCUUAACGGACAUAAGAUAAUGAAUGCUGGAGCAGGUUCUGUUAAGGACUUAAGCAGCAGCCAAGAGGGGGAUGAUGAGAAGAGGAGAAAGUCUGCUCAAGUGGCUGGAAGUGAGGUCGAGGUGGAGGAGGACGAGGAGGGGGAGGAGGAGAAGGAGGAGAAGGAGAAGGAUGAUUGUGGUGACAUGGAGGUUUCUGAUCAGGGUCAUAUGAAAGAUGAAGACCCAUCACAGAAAGAUACCACAAAUGUCUCUGCCAAAGUUAAAAGAGGAAGGAAGAGAAAGAUUGAAGCUGAACAAGACUCUGAUACAGAAAACUCAAGCCCCACUUCAAGUGCUCCUGGGUUAGAUUUAUUAUCAGCAGGUGGACCAGUUCCAUUACUAAAGCGCAGAGGAAGGAAACCUAAAAUGGAGAAAUCACUACUACUUCAACGGGCUUCAAAAGAGCCACUGAGGUUAGGAAAAGAUGGAAAGAGAGAUGACAGAAAAGGAGACAAGAGAAAGGAAGUUUCUACAGAGUCCAGACUACAGAAGUUGCAUGGGGAUAUUAAAACAUCUUUGAAGAUUGAUAACCUUGAUGUGAGGAAAUGUUUAGUUGCAUUGGAUGAGUUAAGUUCAUUGCAUGUUACAACUCAGCAUCUUCAGAGACACUGUGAACUCAUAGCUACUCUAAAAAAGAUCCGCAGGUUCAAAGCCAGCCAGGAUGUGAUGGACAAAGCCACAAUGCUUUAUAAUAAGUUUAAAAGCAUGUUUUUGAUGGGAGAAGGAGAAUCAGUACUCAGUCAGGUGCUCAAUAAAAGUCUAACUGAACAGAGACAGUUUGAAGAGGCCAAGAGGGGAGUGCUAAAAAACACAGAACAGACCAAAGAGCAGAAAGAUACCAAUAUUUUGAAUGGAGACUUCAAUCCUGAAGAGGAUGCUGAGACAGGAAAGGACAGAUCAGGAGAGAAUGUCUUAUCUGUGGUGAAAAACAAUGUGACCAGUCCUUCAGAAGAGUCUGUCUGAAGAUGUUUGUUCACCGAAGAGCCACCAGCUUUAGCUGCCCAGCGAAAGAUUGUUCCCAUAUUGCAAGCGUCCUACAGAUCAUUAUUUUUGCACACUUAUUUUUUCCAGUCAUUGUAAAUACAUUAGUAAUUUUAAUCUCAAUAUAUUUUUGUUUACAAUACCUACUUACAUUUAAGUUUAGCUUUAUUCUGCUGUUGCAUCUUUAAAAUUGUCUCCCAAGUUUAUUUUAAUAGUCAAGUUUAGUUGAUUUUUGCUUGAUUCAACAUUCAUGCUCAUAACCCUGCUGUUAUAAAACUUGUUUUAGCCUUAAUAAAGUUUACCUCAGAACA